AUGAUACUAUUUGCUGAUCAACCGACAUUCACCUUAGUAAUCCCAGUAAAACAUCAGUCGCCCAACACGGAAACAGCGACCACUCACAACAACAAACAACAUACUGCUCAAUUGAGGAAUCCCCUGAACUCUAUCGAUCUGCUCAACCUGAGCCAGAAUUUCAGGCUUCUUCCUGUUCCGGAAGAUAUUGAUGACCUUGAAAUGACAUCUCGAAAGAUGCAGGACCUCGCUAGAGAAGUCAGUGAGGGAAACAGUCUCGCACUCUACACAGGCUUGAAGGUGGCUUCACAGAAUCCGAGAAGCCUAGACAGCAUAGCAAAAGCAAAUUUGACACCAUACGAGUUGCAGCAGUAUGAACACUGGAGAAAGUCGAGGGAUAGCCACGACAACGGCUGCUACAAGAACGACACCAUGAAACUUCCGGACAUUAACUGGGAGGAAAAUGUGGCACCCGUGCCCAAUGGGGCGCAGAGUCUCAAGAAAUUCCGACAGCGCGCAGAGGCCAUGGAUCGGAUUUGGGGCUACCAGGGGGCCACGCCUGAGCAUGCAUCAUGGCUUACCUACCACUUGACCUCGAUGUUGCCCCUAGUUAAAGCAGUUACGAAGAUCUCUAACCUCGAAAGAAACACCCAGACCAAUAAAUCCUACGCCCGCGAACUAACCGACAUGGAGGUUGCAGAGCUUGAAACGGUGCGCAAGGUUGUGAUUGUCGCAGAGAGGAACAGAUCAAGGGAAAUGGCCAAGGUCCGCAGACUGACCCGAUCCAUCGCUGAUUCGGUCGCAAUCAUGAAGUCGCGUGUGCAUGCGCUUGAGAAAAAACAUGGUCGGUCGUUGUAA